CUUCAUUUUUGUUUGAGUGAGAUUUAGGUUAAAGCGUAAAAUGGAUUUUUUCUCAUUUGGGAAAAAACACUACAAAACAAUGUAAAACAGAAGUGAAACUAAACUGUUAUUUCCUGAUUAUAACUUUCUCGGUAUCUUCUAAACUUAGCAUCAGAAAGAAGCAACACCAAUAUGUUCGACUGAUGUUACCUGUGUUAUGUUCAACUGAUCAUUUUCAUUUAUUACACUGUACGAAAAACAUCUAUAUUUUUUUUCUUCUAACAUCCAAAGAUGUCUGCUCAUAAUUUGUAUGUUGAACUGUUAGACGACAUGGAACUUCAGGUUGAAACUUUGAGAGAAAAAGCUGCAUCUAUUGAAAGUGAAAGAGAAAUAUUGAUAAGAAAUUUAGGUCGCCUUAAAGUUAGUCCUGGUUUGAAAAGGUUUACAGAAAAUGAAAGGGAGGAAAUUGAAGCUACUGCUCACAGGUUGAUGAAUCGUAUCCUUACCGUAGAGGUAAAUGUUAUAACUCAACGAACUGAGGUUCAGAAAAAAGCUUUGACAAAAGUAAAUAAGAUGGUAGAUGAUUUGUUAGUCUCCAUAAGGGUGGACAAAACAAGUAGUAAAAAAGUGGUUGAGCUUUAUUACAAUGCCUGUUUUUCAGAAUCUAUUGGAGCCAUUGACUAUAAGUUUCAGAAACUUGUUUUAGAUUGUGCUGGUGACGACCAGAAACGAGUGAGAAGAAGACUUCAAUCUAUUAUGGACAAUGCGUACAAUUGCAGUAUCCUCAUGGAUGUUGAUUAGUUUCGGUUUUCUAAAAAGAAAAUUUAGUACAGUAAAGAUAGCUCAAAAAUCGUCAUAACAUCAAAAGAAAAGGUGCUACCCAGUUGUAAUUUUUUUUAAACAC